AGCCCCACGUUAUCGAUGACAUCGCUACCAAAUGUUAACACCCAGAGGUUCAGUCGCUGUGAGAUGGAAUCUGUGAAGACAGAAAAAGAAGUUGAGAGCGUAUAUAGAUCAGGAGUGAAGAGGAAACACAAUGAAGAGGAGGAUGAAGAGGAGGCGUCAACCACCAAAAACUGGUACGAUGCCACUGAUCACAGCGUGAAGGUCGCCCCCUACAACAGCCUGCAGGAGGUCGGUCUGGCCGUUCGCAGUCAAAGCCGAAUUUUCUACAUGAGGAACUUCAAUAACUGGCUGAAGAGUGUUCUGAUCGGUGACAUCCUGGAGAAGGUGAGGGGACUGGAGGUUUGCAAGGUGUCAGUGUUGGAUCUUGGCUGUGGAAAAGGAGGAGAUCUGCUCAAGUGGAGGAGAAGGAAUCGAUCAUCUGGUCUGUGCAGUGUCGAAACGGUCUUCUGCCAGCAGAGCUACGACAUAGCGCAAGUGUCAGUUGAACGUGUCAAAGUCGUUAUGAAAGACAUGCAGAACAGAAGUCAGUCAAAUGAGAAACUCUUCAGUGCUCAGUUCAUCACUGCAGACUGUACCAAGGAGCUGUUGUCUGACCAGCUGGAUGAUCCACAGCUGAUGUUUGACAUUUGUAGCUGUCAGUUUGUUUAUCAUUACUCAUUUGAGAGUGAGCAGAAGGCAGACAUGAUGCUGAGGAAUGCCUGUGAACGCCUGAAGCCUGGAGGAUUCUUUAUAGGAACCACACCAGAUGCCUUUGAACUCGUAAAACGUUUGGAGACGUCUCAGUCGCUGUCAUUUGGCAACGAGAUUUUCAGAGUUUGUUUUCAGUCCAAAGGUUCAUAUCCGUUGUUUGGCUGUCAGUAUCACUUCAGUCUGGAGGAUGUUGUCGACGUUCCAGAGUUUCUUGUCUACUUCCCACUUUUUGAACAAAUGGCGAAGAGGUACAACAUGCAUCUGGUGAUGAAACAGAGAUUUUCUGAAUUCUUUGAUGAGAAAGUAAAGAAGGAACAUCAUCGAAGCCUCAUGAUGAAAAUGACUGCUUUACAGCGAUUUCCCUUUGAGGAUGGAGGUAGACAGGCAGCAGACCCGCCUGAGUACCGCCAUGCUAAAGAGCACUCCAGAGCUGGAGUCAAACUACCUCUGGGCACUUUGAGCAGAUCAGAGUGGGAAGCAGCCAGUAUCUACCUGGUUUUUGUAUUUCAGAAGAUGUCGUGAAGCUGCAGAUCCGUCUGACUCCAUCUGAACUCUGCACAGUCAUCACCGAUACUGCACGAAUUCAUGUGCACCACUUGUCUUUGUGUUUAGGUUUCUUUUCCCUGAGAGCCACCUGACAACUCAAACUUACCAUCAGGUGUUUGUUUAUAAGAAUAAAAUUACACACUCAAAUGGAGUUAUGUCCAUAAGUAUUGGACAGUAACAGUUUUUUUGUAGAUUUGAUUCUGUACACCAUAACGGAGUUGCAAAUAAACAGUUUGUUGUUGUAGUGUCAA